UAGAAACUCAUUGGUUUUAUUUAGAUUACAGCCAGCACCAGCAGCGAGUUGUGCGUACGGCAAUAAUCAGCAUCUUCGCCCUGAUAAGAAGCGACUUCUGGCGAGACAGAGCAGAAUAGCAAUAAGAGCCCUGACGAAAAGAAUAGUUUAUAAUCCUCGCUUGUAGCGAUAGUGCAGUUUCGUGAUUGAGUGCGAUACCCGAAAGACAUCCAACAGCCUUUGGCGCAGUGCAUAUAGUGCAACACUUAGUUCUCAUACAAACAGUUCGUGCUUUGCAUUACGGCUACAAAAUGCAUUUGCUUCGAAACGCCGCCACCAUUUGCCUGCUGCUGCUGGGAUUAGCGAUGUGCAAUGCGCAAUCGGAGCCAACGGAUUCCAUCCCGUCCCAAACUAAUACGACAACAACGGCAGUUCCACCUACUACUACAACUACAACUACGACGACGAAGACGACGACGACAACAACAACAACAACACCAAAACCGACUACUACCAGCACCCCUGCAACUACAACGGAACCUGCCCCAACCACCACGACCGUUGCACCGAGCCCGAAACCCGUCCCGGAACCGGACAUGGGCAACUGGAGCUAUUCGGACCCGGCCAAAAACGAAACAUGCGUCAUUGCUCAGAUGGCCAUGCAAUUUAAUCUGAGCUACUUCGAUGCCAAUGACAAACCGGUGAACGUGUUGUACAAUCUACCGAAGGAGGCAAUUGUCAAGUCUGGCCAGUGUCAAAACUUUACCGACUACAUCGAGCUUAGCUGGGCGAUGGACAAGCAGAGCAACAAUUACAGCUCACUGCGUAUCGAUUUCACACAAAAUGCAACUGAACACGAGUUCGCUUUCACCGGCUUGUUGCUACAGUUGGCUGUGGCUGGCGAUUCGUUCCCAAAUGCUAAGCCGCUACAGCAGCUUGUGCUACGCAACAACCAGACGCUGUUCAAAACACCGCUGCAAAUGUCGUACCACUGCAACAAGGCUCAGCAGUUGAAUCUGACCGCAAGUCCUGCUGGGCUCGCUCAGCCGACAGUGACCGUCACCAAGCUCCAGCUGGAAGCAUUCCACCGGAAGAACAAUAACAAAUUUUCGAUCGCCAAAGACUGUGAGGCUAUCGAUACCCCGGACAUUGUGCCGAUCGCGGUCGGAUGCGCUCUGGUAACGUUGAUCAUUAUCAUGCUGAUUGCCUAUCUGGUCGGACGUAACGCUGCCUCCAAUAGCGGAUAUCUGAGCAUGUAAAGAGGUACUCCGGCAUGGAGAUCGUCUCGACGGGUUGGCGGUAGUAUCUUGUGAAGUGAAUUAUCAUUUUCAGGAUCGUUCUAAACCCCAAACGAUGAAGCAUUCCGACAUGUGUAUCGUUUGCGAAUUGGUGGGGGUCCCUCACUUUCUUUAGCUCCUAUCUCUGUUUUCCUUUCCUUCAUUAUUUUCUUUUUUUAUUUUACCCCCUCGCUCUUGUCGGAAUGUCUGUGGUAUGUGGAGAGGUUGCGCAAGAAUAGUUUGGUAAUCUACUUGAGUUUGAUAGAAAACAACGUGAUAAAAGGCCAAUUGAGAGCAUACGCUGAUUGCUACACAUCCGUAACUUGCUGGAUUUUGUUGUGUCUUUGGGGUGCGUGUGUGUAUGUGUCAGAGAUACCGGUCCUGUUGGGAAUCUAUUGAUUUUCCAACCUGAUCAACGAAGAAACCGCAUCCCCAUGUAUGUCCAUACCACUGAAAUGAUAAAAAAGUGUGAAUUAUUUUCAAUACGGAAAUGUGGCAAUUGUGCUGAAAGUAUCCGUCGACUGGCUAAAUAUGAAACUAGAAUGAUAAAUAAAAAAAAACACAGUACAACAGAACAUAUACUUGCACGGUAACAUGGGGCGCG